CACCACCACAAUGGCCUCCCCUCCCCCCUCCCCGCUGACCUCCCCCCUCGCCACCUCCGCCCCGGACCUCCCCAAAUCCGCGCCCCCGGUCCCCAUCCUCCCCAGCCAACUCGCGCGCAUCUACUCAUUCCUCCACCCGGCCGCUCUGCUCUCCGUCUAUGCCGCCCGAUUUCCCGCGCUCGUCGCAGACCCGGUCUCCGAAAUGGCCCAGCAGCUUCCCAUCCUGGCCGUCGCGCACGUCGUCUACGCCAUGAUCUGUCUCCCGCCUGCGGGGUCGGAUGUCUCCCUGUCCGCACCGACCUCGCCUGCCGCGACGGCUUCGGGAUCCGCAACAGCCACCGGAACAGCGACACCAACGGGGAAUGUCAUUCUUCGACCGGGAAAGGUUGGACGUCGUCGUACGAGGGAUUCUGCUGCGGGUGGUGCGAGUGCCUGGGGGGCUAAGGUUGCGCCCGCCCUCCUCUCCCUAACCCUCACGACCCUCCUCGCAACCCCCACCCUCGCCAUCCUCCUCAUCCUCUUCGGUGCCCCCUUCACCACCCACCACGUCCAGACCCUGCUUUGCGCCGCUCACAUGGCGAUUCUCUCCUCCACGGGACUGAUCUACGUGCAUGGUGUUGAUGGCCCCGUUUGGAAGGAAGUCUGGGGAUGUAAGAGACCCGGUGAUGCGGUUUGGGGUGGUGCGCUCGGUACGGCGGUUGGGGCUUGGUUGGGCGCGGUGCCGAUUCCGUUGGAUUGGGACCGGCCGUGGCAGGCGUAUCCGAUUACGCUUCUAACGGGCGCGUAUCUGGGGUUCGUGGGGGGUACUAUGUUGGGACGGUCGGUGUUGUUUGGUAAGCGGGUGCGGUUUGAUGAGGGUGAGGAGUCGAGGAACAAGGUUGAUUAAUUCAUCACUGAUUCAGUGGUUUAUCUUCGUGGUUGGGGUAUGCAAAUGGUUACUUCUAAUGUAGCAUAGUUGAUAAUAAUGUUCUAUCAAGUCUACAGUGCAGCCGGUGCAAGGAGAAAAAAGAAAAGGAAUGGUGGAUAUACAGGUCGCCUGCAGCCAUUCAUGCAACGCAAUUUCAUGCCGGAUAUCAUCAGAACCACGCAGUA